UCACGUGAUCGCUGUGAUUGGCGACACCUGUGUCCGCUCAGCUGAAGCACGUGCUGGGAUGUGUUGACCUCCGGCUCCAGCGCAGCGGCUGAAAUCUGACUCUUUAGGAUGGAAAAACCCCUUUGCAUGACAGCGUCCCGUUUCUUUGGCGUGAUUUUCUUUCUGCUGCUGAUCACCUGCACUAGCGCCGUGGUGAGACCUUACGUAGCUGCCCCCAAUGCUCUCUACUACAACCUGAGCGACUUGACUGAGCAUCCGUACGGAAAUAUCUUUUCCCCUCUGAUCAAAGCUCUUUCCCAGCACGGAGGCUCGAGGUGGAACCCAGAUUUGAGAAAGAGGAUCAAGCCCGAACACAAAUACAUCAAAUAUCUGACGGAGGUGUACAGAAGGUCCUCCAGAGUACAAAGAAGUGUGCAGGGAAAUGGUGUUUACAACACAGUGCGGCUGAUCAAGCCACAGGAUGAGUGCCUUGCUCAAAAAUAUGAAGGCUUUAUGCAGGAUCUUUCUUACCGCCUUGAUCAAGUGAGGAAAAAAGAACAACUCCUAAAAUCCACCCUGCUGUACAGCUUUGGCCCUGGUCACUCUUCUCUUGUUGGCUCUGUAUGCCAUCUUCAUAUUAAAGAGCUGGAGCCCUCCACUCACUGUCAUUUUUGUCAAACACGCAACACCCUUCACUCUGUGAACUUCACUGGAGACGGUGGUGUAAACUGGGUUGAGAUCAACGUUACUGCUUUUCUUCUGCCCUUGCUGAAAUUUCAGGUGAAUAAUUUACACCUGCUCAUCAAUGUUACCUGUGAAGAGGGGUCAAAUGGCAACAGCCAGAACCACAUGUUUGAGUCAGCACUCCGGUCCCCUCCCCUGCUUCUUUACCUGAGUGACACAACUAAACUAAUUCACCAACGGUUAGGUACAAAUAAAGCUGAGCAAAAGACAUCUGCUGUGGAAAACAAACUCCAUAAAGAAAUCUUCAAAACCAGACAGAGGAUAUUGCAUAGACAGAGAUGGAAGAGGAGUUCCUCAAAAAACAAACGCGACAAGAGUCUCAAAACUCAGUUACCAGAGCUACUGCCAAGCUCUGAAUUUCCAACCAGUGACUGUGCUCUAUAUGAUUUCAGGGUGCGAUUUAGCCAACUCAAACUUGACCACUGGAUUGUUUUUCCACCAAAGUAUAACCCCAGGUACUGCAGAGGCAUCUGCCCAAGGACUGUUGGGUUUUUCUAUGGGUCACCUGUUCACACCAUGGUACAAAACAUCAUCUAUGAGAAGCUGGACUCCUCUGUGCCCCGCCCCUCGUGUGUGCCAUCUCACUACAGCCCUCUCAGUGUUAUGAUCUUUGAGGAGGAUGGCUCUUAUGUCUACAAAGAGUUUGAGGAUAUGGUGGCAACCCGCUGCACAUGUCGCUGACUGACCUACUAUAAUGAGCCUUUUUUUGUUUUGUUUUGUUUUGUUUUUUACAACAAUACAUAAACAAUUUCAAACCAGCACACGUUUUCUGACAAAGUUCAGUGAUUUCAUGAUUGACAAAUCAUUCAGCAUAAAAAGUUGGAUCUGGAACAGAUGUGCAAACUUAUAUGAAAGUAUUUUAUCUGACUGAAAAAAACAUGAAAGUGGGACUUAUUUCUUUUGUUUGAAUUAUGAGAGUGCACAUUGCAAUUGCAUCUCUUUGUGCAGGAAAUUCUGCAACAUUUAAAAAAGAAGUGGAAAUGUAAGGUAUAAUUUGGUUAUUUUAAGUUAUUUUUUGUUAACUUAUUGUUGUUUUUUGUUGUUGUUGUUUUUUUUUUGGGGGGGGGGCAUUAUCCCCUAAUUUAAUACAAAACUCUAUUUUUAAGUUGCCCUGUUCUGGAAAAAUGAAAGUCACAAACUCAUCCUAAACCUUUUAUAUACCAUUUUGUUCCUGGAGGUUAUAUAGCUAUAUGGCUGUUUUCAUAAUGUCCUGGAUGAAAGUUGUCAAGGUUUAUUUAUUCUAGUCACUACGUGACUGUGUACAUAUGAAUUGACUAAACCCCAUUUUGUAAUCUUUGAAUGUGACUAAAUGCUGCUUUGUCUGUUUAUGCAAAAUUGAUGAAUUCACUUUGUCAGUACUCAGGAACCGUUUGAAGUCCAAUGUAGACAUAUCUACACGUAGUAAAAUAAAAAAGUAGCAAGCAAA